AGGUGCAGAGCUUUGAAUUAUGAGAAGCUUGGUCGAGAGUUCCAAUGGGGAUCGGGCUUCCUGCAGGCGAGAUUAGUGGCGAGUAGAUCAACGUACGGCGUCGCAUCCGUCGCCUUCGGACAACAGUUUUCUCUUUGGUGCACGCAAAAUUAACCCACCAAGCAGACUCCUUUGCUCUCUCUCUCUCUCUCUCUCUCUCUGCUGGCUUUGAAUUUGAUUUCCACGAGGCACCCAUGUAUUGAAACUUUACCUUUGCCUCCUUUGCUCUCUCUCCCUCUCUCUCUCCGACGCUCGAGAGGACUAUUUAGCUGAGAGCACGCAGAAGGGGGGGCUUGCAGAGGAUAAAUCUGAGCUCGACCCGCGAUUUGCUCUCCCUCCGUUCCGGAGGAAUCGCAAUGGCUGAAGCAAUGGUUUUCUUGGGCAAGGAUACAUCUAUCAUAAAGCCCCCCAAGAAAUCUUCUCGUUUAUUGUAUAGGACGAUAGUAUUGUUAUUUGCGGUGAUGUGUGGACUAUAUAUCUGCUCAAUUUGCAUCAGGCAGAUAAGCUAUCAGUCUAAGACUAGAUUUCAGAACAUUCAGAUUAUUGAGGGGCCCUGUUGUAAUGGCAAUAUGGAAGAAUCCAAUAUCUCCUCAAUGCAUUACCCGAGACCUCAAACUUUUAGCAGGCUCGAGUGUUCACAUAAUCCAGUGAGAUUCUUCACGAUCAUAUCGAUGCAGAGAUCCGGGAGUGGGUGGUUUGAGACUCUUUUGAAUAGUCAUGUCAAUGUUAGUUCUAACGGGGAGAUAUUCUUUGUUAGAGAUAGGAGGAAAAAUAUUUCUUCUAUCAUACAAACGCUGGAUAGAGUCUACAACUUAGACUGGUUCAGCAGUGCUUCCAAGAACGAGUGUUCUGCUGCAGUUGGCUUCAAAUGGAUGCUUAAUCAGGGAUUGAUGGAACACCACAAAGAAAUUCUAGAGUAUUUGAACCGUAGGAGAGUGUCUGUAGUAUUUCUCUUCAGAAGAAAUCUUCUACGUCGCAUGGUUUCGGUGCUUGCUAAUUCUUAUGAUCGGUACGCCAAAUUACUCAAUGGGAUUCACAAAUCUCAUGUGCAUUCACCAGAAGAGGCUGAUACACUUUCAAGUUACAAGCCGACAAUUAAUUCCACAUCGUUGAUAGAUGAUCUGAAGGAAGUGGAAGCAACAGUUGCUAAGGCUUUAGCAUUUUAUAACACCACAAGACACAUUGUUCUGUAUUAUGAGGAUCUCAUAAAAGAUCGAACUAAACUGAAAGAUGUUCAAGAAUUCCUUUAUCUGCCGGUGAUGGAACUCACAAGCCGUCAGGUUAAGAUACACAGAGGGCCGGUAUCUGACUUGAUUAGUAACUGGGACAAAGUCACCCUAGCACUCAGCGGAACGGUUUACGAGAGCUUCCUCCAUGACGAUGACUGAGCCUAGGAAACUUCUAACUUAUAUGAUAGUGUGCUCUGUGUAGAUACGCAGUCAGGGUCUCUCAAAUAGUUGUUACUGCAGAAGCUAACACACACUGAUGCAGAUGUCCCGAAAUUUGAACGGCUGCAACGGUACAGUGCAACAACCAAAUUUCGGCUCCUUCGAUACUUUCCUUGGGCUGACCUCGCUUGCAGAUCUGCUGAAAUUUUGGAUGAGAAUGGUACGACUCUUGUUAUCUUUUCUUUUCUUUUCAAAUCAACACCUUGUUGAUCCUAGCAAGAGGGGUCAACACAGUGCUAAUCCUAGCAAGAGGGAUCAACGCUUUGCUGAUCCUUACACUGUCGUUGUAACAAAUGCCGUGUACAUGUACGGAAACGAAAUUGAAAUGAGGUUGUAAUGAGGUUGAGAUUGAGAAUGAAGUUGGGGAUUAAACACCAACAGUGGUUUGAUUUUA